AUGGACGCUUAUGGCGUCCGACGCAAGGACACCACCAAGGGUCCGCCUCUGCGGAUUCUGUCUCUCGACGGUGGUGGUGUCCGCGGCUACUCCAUGCUCAUCAUCAUCCAGGAGCUCAUGCACCGGACCUUCGUCGAGAUCCAUGGUCGCGCCCCGCGCCGCAACGAGAUCCCCAAGCCAUGCGACCAUUUUGACCUGAUCAUCGGCACCGGCACCGGCGGCCUCAUCGCCAUCAUGCUUGGCCGCCUUCGACUCGAUCUCGAGACCUGCAAGAUUCUCUACGUCCGCAUGACCCGCGUGGUCUUUGAGACCGACAAGACUAUCGCCGGUAUCCCCUACCGAUCCACCCUCUUUAAGGCCAGCAAACUCGAGGAGGCCAUCCGCAAGGCCGUCCGCGACCACACCGUUAACGACGACGAAGGUAACGACGGCGGGGAUGAGCGCUCCUCCACCCGCCUUUCCACCGCCUCAAGCUCCUCCAUGCCUCAGCGGCAUCUCAGCAACGCCAGCACGAUCAGCUUCAGCGCGCGUAGCCCCGCCGCGCAAGCCGCCGCGCAGCCGUUCUACAGCUCCGGCACGGGCAACCCCGAGGCCAGAUUAUACGACUCCCGCGAGAAUCGGACAAAAACUGCUGUAACUGCCAUGUACAAAGACUCCCCUCGUCACUCUGCCCCCGUCAUCCUUCGAUCCUACGACUCGCGACGCGAACCGCCCCCCGACUUUGACUGCAGGAUCUGGCAGGCCGGCCGCGCCACGUGCGCCAUCGGCCUCGCCUUCAAGCCCAUCUCCAUCGGGCAGUCGAGCUUCCACGACGACGGUGUAGGCACAUUCAACCCCGCGCCCGAAGCCCUUGACGAGGCUGUCGUCAACGAGUGGCCUGGCCGCGAAGUCGGCCUCUUCGUCAGCGUUGGCACUGGGAGGCGGCCCCGCGGCAGUGACGGCAACCAGCAGGUUUGGUACGAGGGCUUCCUCGGGGAGUUCGCCGAAGCGCGGCGGCGCCUCAUCGCCAAAAUUGAAGGGUGCGAGAAGAUCCACGAGUUCAUGCUCCGCGAGCACCUCGCCCGCCGCGGGGUCAACCCGGAGAACUACUUCCGCCUUAACGUUGAGAUUGGCGUCGGCGAGUUCGGUAUGAACGAGUGGCACCGACUGGGUGACAUCAGCACCAGUACGAAGCGCUACAUGGCGCGCGACGAGGAGCAGCGCAUGGUCCAGGGCAUCUCGGCGCGCCUCGCCAAGGUGCACCGCGCGCGACAGCGCCUCGAGCGCCAGGCCAACACAAUCCCCGAGGUCGUCAGGCAGCAGCCCUCGCCCAGCGUUGACAUGCCCUUUGCCGUCGAGCUGCCUGGCGACAUGCCCACGGCAUUCCCACCGUCACCCCGAAGCGGCCUCUCACGGGCGUCAUUUGACUCGGGCCGUCCGGAUAGCCUCACCAUCGGCAACCAACCACCACCAUGGGGUGGCUCGUCAUCACCGCCCCCGCGGCCUUCGUAUGACUACGCGCGCCCCGGCGGCGCGGCGCCUUACCCACCCGGAACGACAUCGCCGCCGCCUCCUCCGUCGCGCGGCAGCAGCAAGAGGAUGGGCAACGGCACACCGAACCACCAAGAGCAACACGACCGGCUCCUCGGCUCGGCGCCUACGCCGACGCAGCUCAGGCACGCGGCGGGUGGCGGCGACAAAAUUGCCAUCAUGAGCCCCGACGAGCACGCGCGCCCGCUACCACCACCACCACAGUCAGCGCCACCAUCCACGCGCAUCGAGCCCCCGCCGUUGCCGCCCAAGACGCCGCUCCCAGGACACAGGGUCGUCAGCAGCAGCAACGGGGGAGGAGGUCACGCCGCGCUGCCGUACCCGAUAGACGAUGAGGAGGAGGAGGCACCCCCGCCCCCGGUUAACAUGGCGCGAAAGCCAGAGUACCGGGGAUGA